AUGAAUGGAACAAUAGAACAUAGCGACGGACUGACAGCCCACGAGAAGCAGCUUUUCCGUGAUGUUGAUGCUCAUGCGCAAGACAACGACAGCAUUACCCGUCAGUUUGUGAAAAUCAUCGCCCCCAUCGGAAUCCUGAUGAACUCUAUUUUUCUCUUCGUAGUAAUUCGAGUGAAGUCCAUGCACACGAUCAUCAACGUCUAUCUGUCGAAUUUAGCAGUGGCUGACGCUGCCUUUCUGAUCCUAGGCAUGUCAACAGCAUGGGCAACAGAAUAUAGGCACAUAGACUCAGGCGUUUCCCUAGCCUUAGCCAUAGCUUCUUCAACGAUGCAGAUUGCUUCGUACUGCUUCGUGACUAUCAUAGCGGUUGAAAGAUUCUCCGCCGUACGCCAACCGCUAACCCAGAGAGCGCGAGCGAGCAAGUCACGAGCAGCCAAGGUAUCAGCAGGCGUCUGGGUUGCGGCAGUGGUCACGGGCGUGUUGGGUGGAGUCGCAACUGAUCCCAAUUAUGUAACGAAUGUGGUUUUCCAUCAAGUAUGUGUUGUCAUCUUUCUCCUGAUUUACCUGGCUUCGUUUACCAUAACUAUAACCUCAUAUAUUUGCAUCGUUAUGAAGUUAUACCACAGUGAUCGAGAGCUUCAAGCAGGCCAGACCCGUCGAGUUUACCCGGUCGUCCGCAUGCUGGUCAUCAACACUGCUGUCUUCUUCAUGCUCAGUUCAACGGAUAUCGCUGUCAGUGUUAAUACCCUUAUACUCCUGUUCUCCACGCUCUCACCGGCAGCCGUUAUUGAUCGCUUAUGGACCAUUCUCGACGUAGCGGUCUGUGUAGGAAUCCUUCGCCUCAUCAACAGCUCCAUCAAUACUCUGGUGUACAGCGUGACGAACAGUCAGUAUCGAGCGGCUUUCUUGGAGGCUUUCCCCCCACUGGCAAAGCUCCUUCGACAGCGCCGCCGCUGCCGCCGACCGCAGCAGACGGAGCAGAUAGAACUUCGAGCGAUUCCACCAGCGAAGGCCGCUCAAGAAUCACCGGCCCAAGCGAACUGA